AUGACAUCGGCGGCGGUUAUGCACGGGUUUGUGACCGGAUUUACGAUUGGUGAUCCCAGUAGAGGAAUUAUUACUUUGUCUCAUUUACUUUUUGCAGAUGAUACACUCAUAUUCUAUGAGGUGGAUCAAAACCAGUUGAGGGCUUUGAAGGCUUUGUUAUUAUGCUUUGAAGCAGCGUCAGGCUUGAAAGUGAACUUUGACAAGUCAGAGUUAGUGCCAGUGGAGAACGUGAGUAAUACUAGGCAGCUAGCUAGUAUUCUUGGGUGCAAGGUAGCCGCUCUUCCGAUUACCUAUCUAGGAUUGCCGUUGGGGGCUGCAACAAGGGCCUCAUCCAUAUGGGAUUCAGUCAUAGAGAAGAUAGGACGGAAAUUGGCAGGGUGA